GCCAAAUUAAGAUUUCCCUCUGUUGGUUGGAUGAUGAUAACUUCACUCUUCAGUGUUGUGAGAGAAUCCAAGAAUGGCCAUAGAUUGUAGUAUGGAGAAUAGGCUGCCGUGUGACUCAAAGAGGAAUAUAACGUGCUUAGAGUCGGCGGAGACUUUUCUUUUGUGGAAUAUUGUGCUAUCUGUGAAUAGGUACAGGUGCUGAGCUCUGGAGCUAAGUGAUUUGAAUCACGUUGGUUUGAAAAAGCCACCCCUCAUUGAUACCACAAAAAAAGAAUGGGUACAAUCAAUCUACUGAUGAUACUGCCACAAGAAUGGUGUGCUGCAACUUUUAUUGUUAUUUAGUGGAGGAAGUGUGACUGAAUUGUUCAUUUUUCUGCAUGGCAUCUUUGUGGCCAUCACCAUGGCGAGUUCCAAGAAGUCUUUCUGCUCGAGAUUGCAAUUUGUCACCACAAGAAAAAGCUCAAAGAAGAACCAACCAGAUCCAUAUCACGAUGAAGAUCAGUCAACCAGCGAUGCGUCAAAAAAUGAAGAUGUUUUGGAAACACCAACCUCUGAUCCAGUGGAAUCACGUGUUAGUCAGGAGAGCUGUGGGCACCUCCAGGGUGUUGAGGAAUCAGUUGAUGUGUCUAAAAAGAAAGAUGGGGGUGGUUCAAAGGCGGUGAAAGACACUGAGGACGUAUCUGAGGUGUUCAGUGAGUCUGAGGAGCCAGUAGUCAUGGAGCGGGGAGUGCGAAAGCCAGUCGUGAAAUUCACGAUAUCCGUGGAAUCAAACAACGAAGAAGACAAUACAGUAUUUGAUCUCGAUGUCACACAACCAGGUCAGGACCAGAAAGGUACGGAUGAUUCUAAAGGAGGGAAUAUGUCAAAGGCCAAAACAGCGUCUUCACCAAGUUUAAGGUUGAAUCUCACAGAGGGGGUAAAUUCGUCACCAGAAUGCGGCAACUCUCCAGAAAUUCGCUACUCAUUGGACAGGGUGCGGCUUAAUUCUGGGGAGUCCUCACUGACAUCCACACCCACCUCAAGCAGGCGGAGGCGCCAAACUUUCUGCGGUGUUUCCUACAUGUCUCGUCGAAAUCUCUCCUCCUCUGAUCAGUUUGAGGACUCGGAGGAUGUGCUUUCCGCAUCGUCCUCAGAUUUCUCUCCAGGCAGCACGCUCUCCAGCCUGGGGUUGGAGAAGUUUCAGGGCGUCGACGAACUCAGUGAUGAUGGAAGCAGUGAGGGGAAGCUGCGCGAGAGCACGGAUUUCAGCGAUGACGCUUGUGGCGAGAUGCGUCCCUCUGAGCACACGGUCUUAACGCCGGUCAACAAACAGCUGCGAAUCGUCACCUCUGUGGACAGGGCGCUGUUCCCCCACAGGCGUAGCUCCGUUUCUUCCCCCAAGGUGGAUCGGGUGCUCAACUUUGGGCGCUCCUCCUCAGAGAAUCUCGAACACAUUGCUUUUGUGGAUUUCCUCAAACGGCUGAAGCUUCAACAAUACCUGAAGAAUUUCCCGCCAAACAUGUCCCUCAUGGAUUUUAAGUUGACCACAGAAGACGAGCUGAGCGAAGUGUACGGCGUGUACGACGCGGACGGCCGCAAGGCGCUGCUCAAGGCCAUCGAGAUGGCGCGGGAGGACGAGGAGAGCGACACAGACUCAUUG